GUAUACUUCUUUUCUUUUUACUUACACAGUUGUUGCUGGCUCUACAUAACUAAAAGGAUUAAAAAGGUAGAUAGAGAUGGAUUCUCUUGUCAAUGUACCUGAGGCACUUGAGAAGCUAUGUGUAUUUUUACAAUCUAGUGUCCGAUCCGACAUUUCUUUGGAUACCACACAACUUCUUUUUGCUCCUCAAAAAGAAGCAAAACACCUCAGUGUGGAGGUUGAAGUGGCUUUUCUGUCUUCUCCACCCCCACAUCGUGUUCCCCUUUAUAUAUUAUUACCCCAUAAGGUAAUGCGUGGUUCAAUCUGCCUCAUCACACCGUCGCCUCAGCAUAAUUUUAAGGAUAAGAUACUCGCUUUGAGCGAAGAUGGUAAUGAGAUUGCACAAAGUGUAAAACGAGUCAUUGACACAGGAAAGCUUCGAACUAAAAUUGUAGACCCUGUGUCCGUGCGCGCUUUUGCGAAAGGCUACGAUAACUUUGUCGUAUACGCUGUUAAGAAAUACCCACUCCAGCUUACUGGAGAAUUUUUAGGUCAUCGGCGGCUCCCUGUGUGGGUGAGCAAGAAGGGACCUUUUGUAACCUCACUUUCAAAUGCGACGAGGACUGCAGUUGUGUCGCGCCGUGGAAACAAUUCUGUGACUUGCUGUAUCGGACACACUGGCUUAUCGGUUGGGCAGAUUGAUGAAAACAUCAGGACAUUUGUGGAAAAGCUUACUAAACAUCCUCAGGGUGUAGCGUUAAAAGAUGUUUUGCAUAUUCGUGUGGCUGCAACAAACGCGAAGGGUGUUCGGGCAGGAUUCCCCAUUUUUGGACAAACUUUCACAUUUCCCUCUGAUAGAACGACAAAGGGUAAAAGGCCUCGUGAAGCGACAUCAAUGGAUCUAAAUACAACACAAUGUCCAUCAUAAGUAUUUUUAAGCAUAACUUUAAAGAAAGUGAUUAUGCCUUAUAUUUCUAGUACUGACGGUUAAAAUAUUAACAAUGACAGAAUAAUCUCACCCUUUCAUAAAUAAUCUUUACUGUUGCCUUUGUCACUUGUGUGUUUAACAUUUU